CCAUUUUUGUUUGGGACUUUCUGAAGCGUCAUCUCCAUGAGAUACCCCAAGGCGUUGUAAUGACCUACCCCAUUUCUCAGCCCCCCUUAACUCACUUCAUCAUCUAUUUCAUCGAGUUUCUGAAACGGACGGAGAUUUAUCGAUUGGUCUAUUACACUCAUCCGUACCGGUUUGUGAACAAAGCCUACGAACAUGACACUCGUCGGGACGAAAAAUAUUCGAUCUCGCCGACAUCGAUCUCGGAAACAGAGGUGGAAGAGGAGAUGAGGAAGAUCAGCCCAACCGUGGUAGACUCCUUCUACCCUUCCGAUGUCGAGUCUUCGUUGAUACCGCCUUUUGUCCCAGACCCCCAGCAUAGCGAUAUACCCGCCUUCAAUGCGACACAAGCCCUAAUUGGGCCAAUUGGCCAGUGGACAUGGCACGAUUAUGACAACCUGCCUGCGAAAGAUGUUACCCACCACUUAUUAUAUCCUCGCUCUUUUAGCCAGCCGAGAAUCGUGAAAGGAGAAUACACAGCUACUGAAGAGAUUCAUCAAUACAGAAUCAAAAGGGUACUUGUUGAUGGAAUAUUCCUAUACACGAUGUCGCGACCGAGUCUUACUCCGGCUUUGGUCGCCGCGCUGGAACAACGAUCGAUGAAGCUUCCGUUGCUGCUAACCUUUCAGCGUCCGGCGGCCGAUGCGUCGCGAAGUGAAAUCGUCCAAGCGGUGGCGCUGGCCUGCAAUCCGAAGCCGGCAGCAGCAACUCUCUUUAAGAAUGAUGAGGCUGUCGAGUGUCAUACUGCCAAAACACUGCUGGACUACGCAGUAUCACUUCUUUCUAGCGUUACUCGACUAAAUCAUGCGGUUCUUCUUCUCGCAGGCUAUGUCGUAGACCCUGACAAACUGAGCUCACACCAGAUAGUCCGCAAUGACCACGGUCGAUGGCUUAUGGAUGGGCUCGUGCCUGACAAGACCAGGCCCUUAAACGACAUUGAAGCCGACGAACUCCGUCAAGCAGUAGAAAGCUUGUACGAAAGCACACAAGUACCCAAUGUCCUCGGGGUCACUAUCGGAAGAUGCGUCGCCGGGGUCAUGGACGACGAUGCCGAAAAGCGGCGAUUUACUCUCAAGAUACUCAUGCAACUAUGCUUUCCUAUGACUUCGUACGCUCUGUACGUCAUGUUGUUCUUGCACGUAAUAUACGCAGAGAAUUGCAAGUUGAAGUCGGCAGAUGCUCUCCACUUGUACCGCAACCUACUAUUAUUCCAGGAGAUCAAGAAUGAUUUGGGGACGGACCCGCCGAAGCCAUACUGCCAUGUAGUCUUAGCGACGGCAGUGCAAUACCUACCUGAGACGGCCUCUCGCAUUAAGGGACUGGAGGAAGCAAUGAACAGCAAGAUGGGAACUUAUGUUCAUGAGUCUUUGAAGGACAUCUUCUGGCGAACAUAUGGCUGGAGGUACCAAUGAUGAGAUGAUCCUGGAAGGGGGAUUGAGGAAGGGGGACUGAGGAGGGGGGACUGAGGAGGG